AUGUCCGCGGCAACUGCAACAGAUUCCGAAGUACCGGAUCCAUACGACAGUAGGGAGGUGAGCGACAGCCCGCGUCACCUCAGCGUUGAGGAGCGUCGAAUAAUGAUCAGACCACCCUCGAGUGAUGGCGAUGCAAGUGCCGACGACAAGACCCCGAAGACCGAACAGAAUGAAUAUGGUGAGGAAGAGGAGGAGGGUGGCGGAGCCGAAGAGGAGGCAAGGUCGACCGCUGCCUAUGACCUGGACGGAACCGAUUCGGAAGGUAGUCCUACAAUGGAGGGAGGCCAGUGCUCUCCGAAGAUGGUUCACUCGAGGCAAACUCUGGAUGCAGAGAAGAGGGCAAGGAAAUUCGUCUGCCGUUACUGUCAUAAGGCCUUCGGUCUGAUGAAUGUUCUCAAAGUCCAUGAACGCAUCCACACUGGAGAGAAGCCUUAUAUCUGCGAGAUUUGUCAUAAAGCCUUUAAUCAGAGCGUUACUUGCAAAUGUCCACCUUGCCCGCUAAAGCCCUGGUUCAUUUUACUACCAUCAGGCUCUCUGAACAGACACAAAAACACCCACAGGAAACGAUGCAGUGACAAUCGCAGCUACCCCUGUAGGUUCUGUUCCUGUGAGUUCCUGCACUCAAGUCAUCUUCAGGAUCAUGAAAAUACCGCCCAUCUGGGCGAACUUGUU